AUGUCUGAGCCGGAGCAGUGCAUUAUAUGCCUGGAUCCCUUACCACGGGCCGCCCUCGAGACUGACGCUCAAGCCGCCGUCAGUGUAGCUGAUGCUGUUGCUGAUGCUGCUGUCACUGACGGUGCUGUCGCUGGCGGCGAACCCGCUCCCGAACCCGCUCCCAUUGCUGCCACUACCGCUCUCUACGCUACAGCUCCCAGCUCCCUCGACGAUGAUUCCAGCUAUCUCAACAUUGUCGCCGCCCUUGACGGAUGCAAUCAUAUUAUUCACGAUGCUUGCAUUCGCUCCUGGGCCCAAAAGACAAACACCUGUCCAAUCUGCCGUAAUCCCUUCCACUCGGUCCGCGUUUACAACGGAGUCGAUGGAACACCCAUCUCGAAAUACGAAGUCCAAGACAAGAAGCAGAUCGCAGAAUUCGACGUGACCCAGUGGUUGGGCGAUAAUCCCGAGGAGGAGGAGGAGGAACAGGGCAAUCCGUGCCCUAUCUGCAACUCGGCAGAGCGGGAAGAUAUCCUCCUCCUUUGCGACAGCUGCGAUGCCGCCUAUCACACUCACUGCAUUGGUCUCGAUGCAAUCCCCGACGGCGCAUGGUACUGCAUGGAAUGUGCCCAUCUUUUCCAGCUCGAGGAUGAGCCAGAGCUUGCCGAGGAGACUGAUCGGUCCCCUCGUCUCACAUCUGUCCGACGCCCAAAUCCACGAAAUGUGCGCGGAUACCGAGUUCGAACUAGAGAACGCAUGCGAAGGGCCCGCCGUCAAGCUCGGAAUGCUGAGUGGCAGGGCGCCUGGGGCCAGUUUUCGGGUCGCUUCUACGAGAUGAGCGACUUGGACCUCGACAACCACGAUGAUGAGGAUGAGGAGCUUGAGCAAUUUCGGCGGUUCCAAGAGAGCGGUCGACGCGAGCUCGAGAGAUGGCAACAGCGAAUGGACAUAGCCCGCCGGCUGGGCGCUCGCGACGUCUUUGUGAACAAUAUCCCCCCCGCCAUAAGCGAGCGCCUUCAGCCCGCGCCCGCGCCUGAGCCCGUGCGAGAAACAGCCGAGGAGAGACAAGCAUGGGGCGCUCUCGCGCGUGCCCGCGAGGUUGAAGAGUCCAGUACCAACUCUCGCAAGCGCAAGGUGCGGUCAGUCACGGCAUCCCCUCGGGAACCCGUCCAAGAGCCAGAACGCAAGCUCAAGCGACCUCGAACUCGGCGACUUCCGACCCAGAAUGGCGAGGGCUCGAGCUCUGUAUCAUCCCCAGCGCCCGGCCCCUCGGCCGGACGAGUCACGAAUGGAUCGUCGACCAGAAAUGGUGUGGUCAACAUUGGCGGUAUAGACCCUCCCCUCGUCUCGUCGCUUCUGAAGGAACUCGAGCCGAGCAACAUGUCGGACGAUGAGACGUCGGGCACGAUGAAUGGAUGGCGACAUCCACCAGAUGCUUCGUCGCCAGCCCUAUCGCCAGCGCUUUCUCCCUCGUCAUCCGCUUAUGGCAGCCCCCGAGCUCUCUCCACCACUCCUCCUCCCCUGCUCAGUCUGGCGGGUCGACCAACCUCACCAACCCUUUCACUCAGCACCACUAUCCAGCCUCACUACCCACCAGCAAACUAUUCACCUACCCGCACCAACAAGACUAAGAAUAUUGAACAUGGCGCGCAGGAAGCACGGUCAAGAAGACCACAAGAGGCACAACCAAGCAGGCCACAAGAGACACAGUCAACCAGACCGCCGGAGGGUCGGCCGUUGGAGCUCCGCCAACCCCGGCCACGCCGGGCACACCAGGUGCCAGCGCAACCACCAAAAGACCAAUCUCCAACAAGGCCCAACGCGGCGUCCGAUAUCACUCAUGAAGACAAAAUCAGGAUCAAUGAGAUCGUCAAGGGCGCAUUGCGACCGCACUGGCGGUCUCAGAAGUUGACGACAGAGCAGUAUUCAACCAUCAACAGGGACAUCUCGAGAAAGCUUUAUGACGAAGUCAAGGGCGCAGCUUCGCUGAACGAUGAUGCCCGCCGGCAAUGGGAAAAGAGAGCUACCAAAGAGGUAGCUCAAGCAGUUGCAGAACUGUCUGCUUAA